UUACGCGCAGACAACAACACCACUUGACAAUGUAAUACUUCUUCUACGGAUAUCCAUAAAGGUAGACGCGUAGUAUUUACAGGUGGCCAUGUUUGGGUUGAGUCAGCUUCAGGGAGGUUUUAUGGUCAGGUGAGUUACCUGUAGCGCCCUUGGGGAAACUCACUCGUGAUUCCCAGGGACACAUCGGACGGAGAGGGAAUCACGAAUGGAUCACGCGACGCCGGAGAGGGCACCCUACCUCCCCCCUUCGCCUCCUCCUCCUCUUUUUGGCCGCAGUUUGUUUUGAAGUCAGCAACUAAACGAGGCUGGCUCCGGGCGCACGCGGCAGGCACAGGGGAAGUGCUUCCUGAUAAUAGAGAGAGGUGCGUCUUUCCCAGUCGAGCCGAUUGACUGACUGCGCACACGCGGCGUUCACUGACGCAUAGUGUGGAGAGACGACAGGGGGUAGCACUGCAAACCCCCGGCUUCUCCUCCUCUCCUCUCUCCACUCCUCUGCGCAACGGAAGAAGCAUCUAUCUGUCUACCGGCGUGGGGAGAAAGAACGAAGCACGAGACGAGAGAGAGAGAUGGCCGUGGUGCAGUUAGACACCGGCGGGGAGGACCGUCAGCAGCAACCGGAGAACGGAUUCGUGUCCCCGGAAAACUCGUCUUCGUCGGCCGGGCUGCUCACACGCAUUGACGGUACCGUGCUGCCUUUUCUUGGGGGAUUUGGGAAGUACCAAAAACAGCUGAUCGUGCUGACAUGGAUCCCGGCGAUUUUCAUUGGAUUCAGCCAGUAUUCAGACAAUUUUCUCCUGGCGCAGCCCAACAACACAUGCGUGCAGCCCCUGACCAACCUGACCAACGUGACGAGCGCCGCCGGGUAUGCCUCGCUCCUGGACUCUGCGUGGAGAAAUAGCAGCAGUAAUAGAUCGUCUUAUGCCUAUGCCAAUGGGAGUUACAGCAGCAGCAACGGCGGCCACCACAAUGACAGUGCCAACAUGCAGUGCAGGUGCAGUGAGUGGACGUUUGAGCUGCACACGGGGCUCGUGGAAAAUGUGGUCACCAAGUGGAGUCUGGUGUGCGACUCUGCCUGGAAAGUCCACAUCGCAAAGUUCUCUCUUCUGGUGGGGUCCAUCUUCGGAUACCUGGUGUUUGGGAUCCUAGCUGACUGGUUCGGUAGACACCCAGUCCUCAUCAUCUCUGUGCUCUUCAUGCUGGUGUUUGGACUCACUGUGGCCUUCUCCGUCAAUGUGCCCAUGUUCGCCACACUGAGGUUCUUUGAGGGCUUCUGUCUGGCCGGGAUCAGCCUGUCUCUCUACGUGCUCAGGAUCGAGCUGUGCCUACCCGGCUGGCGCUUCUCCAUGACCAUGGUGGCUAACUUCGUGGUGCUGGGCGGUCAGCUGCUGUUGCCUGGGGUGGCGUACCUUUGUGGAGACUGGCAGGUCCUGCAAGCAGUGAUAAUCUGCCCCCUGCUCCUCAUGCUCUCCUACAUCUGGAUCUUCCCUGAGUCACUGCGCUGGCUACUUGCCACACAACAAUAUGGCCGCUCCAAAUGGAUCAUGGGACAUAUCGCCAAGAAGAACCGAGUCAACAUGGAGCUGGACGCGGACAACAUCCUCACAGAACUCCAGCACGCCCUGCAGAAGAAACCCAAGAGGACGUGUAUAGUGAAAAUGGUGGGCACGAGGAACCUGUGGAAGAACAUCGUCGUUCUCUGUGUCAACUCAUUAACCGGGUAUGGCAUCCACCACUGCUUCGCCCGCAGCAUGAUGGACCCCGAGGCCCAGGAGACCACCAUGUUCCAUAACUUCUAUGCAGACUACUACACAAUGGCUGGCAUCGCUGUGGCCUCGUGCAUGGCCCUGUGCCCGGCGGUGGGUCUGAUGGGCAGGAGAGGAGGUCUGCUGAUGUUUAUGAUCAUCACGGCUCUGGCUUCUCUGCUCCAGCUUGGCCUGCUCAACUUGCUUGGGAAAUACAGUGGCCAUUUGAAUAUUGAUAGCUCGGGUACGCUGAACAAGAACUUCUCCAUCGCCUUCUCCAUCAUCGGCAUGUUCUCGUCCCACGCCGUCAGCAACCUGAGCAUCUUCUUCUGCGCCGAAAUCACCCCCACUGUCAUCAGGGGUGGUGGUCUCGGUUUGGUCCUUGCGAGCGCUGGCUUCGGCAUGCUCACCGCCCCCAUCAUGGAACUGCACAACCAAAAGGGCUAUUUCCUCCACCACAUCAUCUUCGCCUGCUGCACGCUCAUCUGCAUCAUCUGUAUUCUGUUGCUACCGGAAACGCGCUACCAGCCCCUCCCGGAGACCCUGGCUGACGGCGAGAGCUACACCAGGCAGCCUCUCCUCCACCCGCGCAAACCCGGGGAACAGCGCCUCCUGCUGGGCCAGGCCGAGAGCAGCAGGGACUACACCCGGGUCGGUGUGGGGGACACGCCUCUGCACGAAGCCGCCGCCACCGUCGUCUCCACCAUGGACUCCACUGCGUCGUCGGCUGUGGAUUUGACUGCCGAAGUGCCCGUUUUCAUGGAAGUGCAUCCGAGUAUAUCUGAGCUUAAGAAAGACCCCAACGGGCAUUCUAUUUCCUCUUUGUCCACGCCUAUUGCAAUGGGUAAAGACGCGGUAAUUCACGCUAGCAAAGAGCAUUUAUUGUCUUCCACUCCUCUGCACAAAACAUCUCACGUUACAGACCCUCUUUUAGCCAGUGCAGAGGAGCCCCCCACUAUAGUCUUGCAUUCCCUGGGGACACAAGCGCACUCCGAUCUUCCUGAAGUCAGCGAAACUAGCUUUUCUCCAAGCAAGGAACCGGAAACGCAACCCUCGUCCUCGCAAGAGCCCUCCUCUUCGUCGCCCGUGCCUCCUCGCUCGCUGAUCUGCACCACACCUGUCAUCGAACCCCCACCCACUUUCACGCUAGAGUCACCGGAACUGGCUCAAGAUGGCGAAAUUGCACUGAAAUCCGAACCUGCGCCGACAGACGAAACUGCGCCGGCGCCCGCACCUUCGGAUAGCUCUCCCGGUCCUACUAUGCAUGACAGCGAUGCCCCAAAAGACUCUGAAAAUAUAACCACUACCGUUAACAUUCCAGACAUACAUUUAGAAAUAAUAGAUCAAUCCUCAACUGGGGAGUCCACUUUAGCCAUUUCUCAAGAAGAAGACCCCAGCUCUUCUUGCGUUAAUGAUGUAAUUUCCCCAGAAGUGCCCCCUUCACCUCCUCUUCCUCUUCUUCCUCCCACUGACCAAAAAACGCUAAUAAACUCAUUCACUCCCCCGCCCCCGCUUGAACACCCUGGCCCCAUCCUCCCAGUUACAGACAUUGUGAACUCUUCCCCUAUGCUAGAAACAACAACCCAAAACGGUACAGACAUUGUUCAGGCCGAGCCCGAGUCAACCGCCUCUUUAGAUCUUCUCCCUCCUCCCCUCACGGAUUCCACACAGGCAAACCCUUCUUACUUUGAAAUGGACUGCACCGUCUCCUCCCCCAUAGACUCUGGUGUACGUUCAAUACGGGACAGUGCCAGUACAGAAAGCAACAUUGUGGCCGGGGUGUCACCUUCUUGAUCUAGUGUUUGGUUGCACAAUGAUGCUUUGUGUUUUGGGGACUUGGGAGACUAAAACCAUGCCACACAAAAUAACAAAAAAGCAAAGAGGAGCAUAAACUGGCAGGCACUUAAAACACAUAAGACUGUUUUGAUGUUGAGGAGUCUUAGAAAUCUGCUGUAUGUUUCUUAAUGUGCCCAUUCCUUCAGCCAAUGAAUGACCGUGGAGACAGGUUUGAUCUAGAAUUCUUAUAAACGAGUGUUGGUGUGUAUUGUACUUUGAUAUUGUUGUAUUGUUUAGGCUACUUAACAUAAUUACGAGGAAGUUUAGGAAAUCUGAGAGGUGAGAUAUAUUAAAACUUUUCUGAUGCAGGGCCAACUACAUGCUUGUUCCCACAGAUAUUAUUGCUCUACUUAGAUUAAAAUAUUCCAGAGUAUGGCAUUAAUCUUCUCUAUUGUGGAGUAAAUAAAAUGGAGACCAGGCCAAGUUACAGAUCGGCGGAGAGGCGAGCCUACUCACAGUAAGAAUGAAAGUUCUCCAAUAAAAACACAGAAUUGGAUAAGUGCCAGAUGGAUUAGUUUUAAUACAUACUCUGGAUUAUUCUAGACAAAGCAAUCAUAUUACUGUGGAGACAAUCGCGCGGCAGGUUCUCCACCACAAAAGUGACAUGGUAUGUCUUUAAAAAGUGUUUAAAUUUACUAGCCAGAAAUAUUUGAUCACUUUUAUAAUGUUUUUGGUCUGGUAUUAAACGCUGUACUAGGAAAAGUCUUACAUCUGAACCUUUAAAAUUCAAAACGUCAAAUAUUUGAUGCUCACUGGUGCUAUAAAUAAGAAUAAUGAAAAAUUAGGAUUGUUGCCAUAGCGACCGACAAUUUAAAACAAAAUAUUGGAAGUGAAAUAAGUGGAAAGUCCUCAAAAUGUUGCUCAUAACAGGUAGUUGAAGUCCUUGAAUAGACUGUGCUCGAUGCUCUCUGAUACCCUAGGUUGAGACAGUAUGUAUGCCCCAUGUUCUGGGUUUAUUGACCAUGGAUAUUUUAUGUUCCCAGAUUUAAUUAUAAGACAAACCUGUGUACAUUUACUGUUAUACCAAGUGACACUUUUGAGUAAGACUUCAAAGAGUAUAUUACUUACCAACACUGCUCGUUUUAGGAAUUACUUAAACUUUUGUGGAAGACCAAAUGAGCGUUUUGGGACUUGCAAAUGAGAGUGCCAGAGGCUGGGAGUUUAUUUUUGGAAUAAGUCAUUUGAAAUCACCAGCCUUUAAACUAUACUUUGACCAAUGGUGAUAUCUGUCAUUUUAAAAAUCUACAAUAGCCACAAUCACGUCGUGUGGGACUGGGGGGAUCACAUGCAAAGAGAAUUCUAGUCAGCGGUACAUUUUUAACCAACGUUUGUGUAUAUUGCCUUACCUUCUGAAUGUCUGAGUAUUUCUAACAGUACAAAGGUAAACAAUCGAAUUUACUUCAUGCAAUGCCAAAAAAAGAGACUAUGCUGACCAAAAUUGUACAUGUAGAAAUAGUGCCAAAAAUCAGUUUGUUACAGUAAGGAACUAGAUUCAGUAUUUCCUUGUUUUGAUCAUUUUUUUCCCCUUGCCAUAACAUUAACUAUAAACCGACAAUGGAAUGGCCCCUGUUUAUAAAACUGAAGGAGCAAUUUCAAGCUUACUAAAUGAUUUAUUUUUUAUUAUUGUAUAUGUUGACGCAAUGAAUUAGCCACCAAUUAAGUUCAUACAUAUUUCAGUAUUUUAAAACUCACCUUUGAUGUGUCCUUACAUGCAUUACUUUCAGUAUUUGUAGCUCUUCAUUUGAAUUCCAACAUUUUCUUUGCAUUGGGGUCAAAUUCAUGAGCAUAAUGGUGAUAGUGUCAGCGAUACAAAUUGAAGUAAUUUUAGUCGACAAGAUGUGAUCUCAACAUUGCAAAACCAUCUACAUACUAACCAAAUCAUAACGUGGUAAGGUAUCGUAAAUAAUGUAUAAGUGGUGAUUCAAAAUGCAUAAGGAAGGCCAAUGAUAUUUGAUGUACAUGCAACAUUUUGGUACAUAACUUGUGUCUUGACUUGUAGUGAGAAGCAACUGUUUACAGAAAUUCUCAUUGAUUCUGAUAAUACGUAAUAAUAACGCUGUACUGUACAUUUAUGAAGCCAAUAACGGACUGUCUUGUCAUUUCAAAUGUGAUACACAACUUUUCAUAGUGCGUUGCAUAGUACGUCAUUUAAUCCAGGGAGUUUUUAGCGUAUAUUUUUAAUUAACACACUUAUUAUUGUUAUGGUACUCAGCAGGUGCUUUAUUCAAGUAACUGGUUUUACUCAAGUCAGCUAUGCACUGACAUAUGCUACUUUUAGCAACUGAACCUUGCCUAAAAACUAGAAUACUUAAUCAGCAAACUUCCAUAUUCAACCACAUGUGUUUCAUCUAUAUACACGGAUCAAGUUUAUAAUAAUAUAAUGAUCACUGAGGAAGUGAUAGUGUGUUCUUUUGUAUCACAAGUAUGACUCGGUAUGAUUAGGUACUGCAUAUUUGGAGUUAAGGGGCCUGUACCUGAUUUUAAUUUUGGAAUCGCAAAGAUACUUUACAUCAUGCAUUGUGUGGUAAAAGGUGCUAAAUAACAAAAAAAAAAUCUGACUUUAAAAUAUCAUCUAUUCAUUUUAUUUUACAUUGCAUUUUCUUCAGUCAUAUCUUAUCCAGAAGUUACUGACAGGGUCACCUCUUCAUCCAAUCAGGCACAUUGUUACUAAGAAUCAUGGAAAACAAACUGAGAUUAUCUAGACAUCUGAUUCUUGCUGCAUUUUCAAGUAUAUUUUCGAGUAUCAAAUAAGUAAAUCAUAGACUGAGAUGGGAAAACUAGGAGGAAACAAAUGCAUGAUACUGUCCUACACAGUUGUUUCUGGGUCAAGGUGCAAUAUCGGGAGAGUAAGGACUAAGUGGGCGGGUUUGAAAUCAUCUACAGGCCCCUUUAAGGUUGACUCAUGUAGUUCCUAUCGACAACGUGGUCAUAAUAUUUCGCUUGAUCCGUGUAUAUGCUAUGCUGCUAUACGCCACAAAGCACAAAAAUGCCCUGCGAUGAUGUGAUGUCAGAUCUGUUUGUCUGGACAGCAAAAAAGGGAAACUGGAUCAAUAUUUUAAAACAUUUUAGAACAUUCAUAUUUUAAUCUACUUCAGGAACAGGGUUUUGACACUGGAUUUUUAGCAGAAUCUUGGAAAAGAGAAAUUUUACUGCGGUGGUCAGUAGCUUUGCAUUAGUCAAACUGUGUGUUGUUUGUGAAUGUUGAUAUUCGUCUUAAUGUGUAAACUAAACAAAAAAGUCACCAAAAACCUCAUGCAAAAACAGUAUGAAGAUUUUAACAGCACAAAGACAACCAGCGCCCGUGCAGCUGUAAUGUAAGGGUGGCUGGGAAAAGUUACCUUAGUAAGCAUAUGGUUUCAAUUAAAUUCAAAAUGUUAAGCAAUGUUGACACCAGCGUUGACAAGCUCCUAUGAACUGUUGGGGGAAAGAAUACACUGGUUUUGGAAUGUGUAAAUACAGUAACUAUUGUUGACUGGAAAGAGCUUGGUGGUCUCUUAUAAUAAGCCCCAUUCACACAUGCAGCCUGACCUGGGAAUUUACCUGCAUUUUGCCAGAACAGAAUCAUGUGUGAACAAAGCCAGAACAGAUUUUCCUGCAUUUUUGAUUUGGCAAUUUUCUGGGUAAAUUUCUGGGAAUAUUCAGGGACUGUUUAUGUGUGAAUAAACCCAGACAAUUGCCAGGACACUCACUUGGUUGCCUAAGUUAAGUACAUAGUUCUCUUGUUUACCAGCUUGAUUUCCUGGUUACACUAGUGGCGACGUUCCCUUUACGUUUAUUUUAAAGUUGCACCGUGUAACAUUUCUGGCCGAUCAUCAGUCAAAUAUUUGUUUCCAUGCAGAUGUUAUUGCUUUGUCUGGAAUGUUUCACAGUGUUCCAUUAAACUAUUCUUUCUUCAUAGAUACCAAACUAGAUCAAGUUACAGUUCGGAUCUGUGGAGAGGCAACCCCGCUCACAGUCAGAAUGUUGUUUUUGAGCUAUACCACCUGUAAUUUAAUAAAAGUAGAGCUGCUUGAUGUUAUACUGUGGAACAUUCCAGGUAGAGCAUUCUUAUCUUAUCUCCAUAGAAACAAGGGGGUGACCAAUCUUCAACCAAAAAGUUACACAAUGCUAAAGGUUCAGUAUGAACAGAACAGACCCGGUAAUGUUCUGGGACUGGUGCAUGUGUGAAUAGGGGGCGCCGCUGAGUGUUCUGGCAUUUUGGACCCAUCAAUUUACUGGGACCUUUGUGUGAAUGGGGCUUAAAGGUGGUGUUUUGGAAUCCCCAGUGCGCACAUUUCAGGUUUGCUUCUUUUUAACCGUACUACUCUCCACGGGAGACUUGAAUGAAUGUAAAAAUCAUUGAUUGUACCAUUUGUAAUUCCAGAAUGAUUGGUUCCAUGUUUUUAUUUUAUUUUAACAUGCAUAAUGCACUUGUAUAUAAGCCAUACAUGUUGUUAAAAUAAACCACUAUUUAUUGAUCA